AGUGGGUGAAGCUCAGAUAAGGUGCGGUCACAACGUGCGCUUCGUAAGCCCGAACAAACAGCCAUUCAAAUCAGUUCGAUUAGCUGAGUGAACGGAACGACUUGUACCUGAUUUUGUUGUCGCUCUCUAGAGUACUGUUUCUACUAUCAAUCCCCACGCCAAGUGAUUCAUCAAUGCGCAGUUAGUGUCAUAGUCGAUCACCCGAACAGCUGCAAAGACGUUUUCAUCAACCGAAAGAAGAAAAAAAAAUGUGAUUCAAUCAAUCUGCACGUUUCCCGAAAAGCCGCUUAUCUUCACACCGCACACUAUGAUUAGAAGAAUGAAACGAGCCCGAUUCGUGCUGUACCUAUCGAUCGGGACGGUUUCGCUACUGUUGCUAGUCAUCUUAUUCGUCCACACGCAAUGCCUUCGACCGUCCAUCAGCUACUACCAGAUCCUGGAGGAAAGUAUCCAAAAUCGCCGCCCGGAUGACCGCAAGUAUAUCCUAUUGUACACCAAUUUCUUCGGUAACCGGAACUGGUACCUGCGAGCGGAAACCGUUGGUCCAGACUUCUUCAAAUCGAUCCAGUGUCCGGUGACGGAUUGUGUUCUAACAAACAACCGUGAACUGCUGAACGGAGUGAGCGACUAUGACGCCCUGUUGUUCCACAUCGCGGAACCAUGGACGUACUCACUGUUCGAAAAGGUACCGAAGAUUCGUUCCCCUCGGCAGAUUUACGUGGCGGCUAACAUGGAAUCGCCGGCCCAUACCAAACAUCUGCUGGAAGGUGAUCAUGACUUUUUUAACUGGACCAUGACCUAUCGGCUGGAUUCGGAUAUCAUCUGGAACUAUAAUUAUUUUGUCGAAAUUGAUACCGGUUACAUAGUAGGCCCUGCCGACAGACCCCAGUGGCGUACGGGUUGGGAGAAUUAUUUUAACGAGACGCUACUGGAAUUGGUGCAGGGAAAGACUAAAAUGGGUGUCCAGUUUGUGUCGCAUUGCGGGGCGUUUUCCCGGCGGGACGAGUUGGUGCGGGAAAUUCAACGGCUGAUGGAGGUGGAUGUUUAUGGAAAGUGUGGCACAAUGGAAUGCCCACGGGGUUCGCCACGCUGUGCCCAGAUGCUAACCGAGGAGUACCACUUCUACUUUGCGUUCGAGAACAGCCUCUGCCGGGACUACAUCACCGAAAAGAUGUACAACUCAAUGGACAGUUACAUCAUUCCGGUGGUAUUCGGUGGAGCCGAUUACACAAAAUUCGCCCCACCUCGAUCCUACAUCGACGUGCAACAGUUCAAGACGGUUCACCAGCUGGUCGAUUAUCUCGACUAUCUUGCUCGGAAUCCACGCGAAUACAUCAAAUAUUUCUGGUGGAAGGAACACUAUCGAAUCAGUGGAGAUCAACCAUUCUGUCAGCUUUGCCGAAAGUUGCACGAGAUAGGGGCACAGGAGCGGACGCAGUAUUACCGCAACAUCAAACAGUGGUGGUUCGAUGGAGCAUGCGAGAGGGAUGCUAGAAUAAAGUUCUGACGACUGAGA